AUGUCUCUUGAUCCAUUCACGAGUCGGCGUCAUGAUCCUCUAUGUUCCGAUGAAUGGAAUUGCAUAUUCCAAUUCAUCCCAUCGAAUGAUUUUUCAUUAAUUAUUUCACUUUUACAGGUCAACAAAUUUCUACAUUUUCAUAUUUUGGAAAAACUGAAAAUUCAAAAUCGAUAUAUUCAAAAGAACACUGAACUCUAUGCAUUGGGAGGAUCAAUGGAUAUUAGGAGUACAAAUUUGGUUCAUGGGUUUAUGGAGGCUGUAAUACCUUUCAAAGCAUUGCAUUUAAUUCCUACGGGUAAAUCUUAUACACAUGAACAAAUUAUUCGAUUAUUGACCAACAACGUAUGCAUUGCUGUUUUUAGAAAUAUUGAAAAAACAAAACUAUAUACUGGACUCUCUGGAUGUACUUGUAUUCCAUUCAAUACGUGCCCGCAAGCUGAAUGCUGUACAUACAAUUAUGUGCCAAUACAUCGUUCAUCCAUGGAUCAUUCACACGCCUUAUAUUACAUUACAUGUAAAACAAAUUUAAUUUUGAGUCAAGAACAAGCAAGUGCGUUGGAAAUGUAUUCACACUUUUUCAUGAGGAAUGAGCAUUGUAGUUCAUGUUGUAGAAAUUGUUGUUGUUAUAAUGCGAAUUAUGAAAAUCAUUCUGUCCCAUUGAACAUUCAGGCAAAUCAAGAAGAAAUUUUGGAAAGCGAAACUGUGAUCAGUAAUGAGAGACAUUUUCAUUUUGAGCAUUUGUUUGAAUUAAUUGCGUAUUCCGAGCCCAGAAAUGCUACCAAAAUAGUGCGUGUGAAACAGGAUGGUAAUUGCUUGCUAAUGUAA